ACCGCUCUUGAUGAGAAACCUGCCUCGCUUCAGAGCCUGCCCCUCAGGAUCCCGCUGGGCUGGACUGGGCUGGGCUCUGCCCCCCGGCAGGACACUUCCCGGCGCCGCGGGCGAGCGAGGGUUUCCCCGCAGCCGCGCGCGGGCGGGAGGAGGCAGGCCCGGCGCGGCCCGGGCGCUCGCGUGGCCUUGCAGAGGCGGCGGGAGCAGGGCGGGCGGUAGAGGGCCCCGCCGGCCUGGCGCGGCGCUGCAGCACGGCUCCCUGCGGGGCCCGGGCCCGGGCCCGGGGAGGCGGCGGCGGCGAUGGGAAGCGAAAGCGCGAGGCGACGGCGGCGGCGGCCGGGGGAGGUGGCAGUGGCAGUGGCGGCCCCGGGCCGGCCCAUGGCGCAGGGGUGGGAGCCGUGUGGGUCGCCGGCGGGCGCCAGCCGGGACGCGGAGCGGCACGAGCGGCGGCGCCGCAGGCGGGAGGCGCAGCAGCUGCAGCAGAUCCGGCACUUGGAGUCCUUCUAUGAAAAACCUCCUCCAGGCCUAAUUAAGGAAAAUGAAACCAAACCAGAAGACUGUAUACCUGAUGUGCCCGGCAAUGAAAGCGCUCGAGAGUUUCUGGCUCAUGCCCCAACUAAAGGACUUUGGAUGCCAUUGGGAAAAGAAGUCAAAGUGAUGCAGUGCUGGAGAUGUAAACGUUAUGGACACAGAACAGGAGAUAAAGAAUGCCCAUUCUUUAUUAAAGGCAAUCAGAAAUUGGAACAGUUCAGAGUAGCACAUGAAGACCCCAUGUAUGAUAUAAUAAGGGAAAAUAAACGCCAUGAAAAGGAAAUGAGGAUACAGCAGCUGAAGCGAUUGUUAGAAGACUCUUCCUCAGAUAAUAGUGGAAGCAGUGACAGCUCCAGUUCCUCAGAAUGUAAAGAGAAACACAAGAAAAAAAAGAAGAAGAAAGAAAAGAAAAAAAAGGAAAAGAAGAAGAAAAAGAAAAGAAAGCACAAAUCUUCUAAAUCAAAUGAGAGAUUGGAGACUGACUAAUAGCAGUCAUUUAUUGCCUGCUUCUUGUCUCUGUUGUGAGCAAAUGCCCAAAGAAUGAGAACAACCAACCAAAACUAGGGCAGAUUGAACAUACAAUUGGCUGUAUCAGAUAUACUACUUUCUUGCUCAUCUGCAGGAAACAAGGGAUGAGCUGCAUCAUGGUGUUUAAAAGAAACAAAAACAUUUUACACGGUUACCUUCAUACUGUGAAAUUUAGGCUAAUGUCGCUUGAUAGUUGAUAAAACUUUAUUGUUGUGUUGCCACCCGUUAAAGCAAGUGGAAGAAUAAAGAACAUCAAAGACAUGUCAACAAAUAGAAUACAGCAGAACCCACUAAUGAAGUGUUUUCCUCACAAAAUAAUGUAGCUACAUGCAGAGCUUCAUUGUAAUGGGAAUUACAGUUUGAACUGUGCAAAGCAUUGAAAUGUUUUAUGACUUCUCCAUUUAUGGAAUAGUACAAUGAACAUUAUAUUGAAGCUUAUUGUUAACAGGCUAUAUAUACUGUGUCCUCCCUGCAUACUGUCCAUAGGCUGAUGUUGGCUUUGAUUAUCCUAGGUUUGACAGCUGACAGAGCUUUAACUGCAUGACAAAAAAACAAUGUUAAUGAACUUUUAGGCAAAAACAGACUGUUUACAGGGUUUGUUUUAAGAAUCUUGAAUUGUGUCAUUGCUCAAUUGUGUUGCUUUGAUAUUUUUAUGAUUUGGGCCACAUGCUGAAACACUUGACACUGGGUGGCACUUCACUUAACAUAAUCCUAUUGGACUUCAGUUUUGCUAGCUUAAAAGAACACUACACUUACUGGGAAAAGCUAGCAUUUUAGUUGCUUAAAAAGGAGUUUUUAUGCUUGAAAACAAGUGACCAAUAUACUUCCAAAUAUGGUUCAGUAGCUAUUGUUUUGAUUUUUUUUUUAAGGUUUGGAGAAGUAAAUUAAACCUGUUCUGUACAUUUAGUACAUUGUUUCACAAAAUGCUGCUGCAUUAAAUAAAUGCAGCAGAAAUUUAUGAAUGUUACUCACAAUACUCUAAAAAGAAUAUAUGGAAGGAACCUAAAUUGUCUUGCAAGCAUAUUUAUGCAAGCUAUAGAAAAGCAGUAGCAAGCUGGAAGAAGGGAAUUUUUUUGUCAAGAACAUAAAGAUGGUCUAGUUUUGUAAAACACAAAAUUUUUAAUAACCUUGCAAAUAUCACAAAAGUGGGAAGAUCUAUAAAACUUUAAAUUGCAGAGUACCAAAUCUGUCUAUAUCUGAAAGCUGAAUAGCUAAAUGGAGUAUAUGGUAGUGGGAACUUGUGGUUUUAGGAAGGCUGUACAUUGAAAGGAAACAUGCAAGGGGCAGAAGGGGGUUUUGUCCGGGGUUUCCUUUCAGAACGGUUUUGUGAUGAUUAAUGAAAAUCUUAAAAAUCACUUUGUCUUUACAUUAAAAGUGCUAAGAAUGUCAAAGCUCAGAAUCUCAUUUUGCUGGAGGCCUCACACAUUGAAGGGAUAGUCCAUGUUAACAAAUAAAGACUGUGUCAUAGGUUAACACUGAUACUUUAAACAAGUGUUACUUUUAAUGGUGCUAGUUGGUCAAGAUAGAUCUUGACAGACUACCAAAAUCCUAUAACGGGAAAGGAUUCUAUCAAGAACUGAAGACAGCAUCUACACUAAGGGUGAAAUCCUGAAGCCACUGGCUUCAGAGAGGCUGAAACUGUAUUUGGCUUAAAAAAACAAAACAAAACAUAGAACUAUCACACAAGAGCUUGAUGUGCUUGUAAAGGAAGAGCUGGGGAAGUGAUUUUAAGAAGUUUGGCAAAACAUUUCUUCCCCCAGCCCCAUAUACAUUGGGUAAAGAGUUAAGAUAGGUGGGAGAAAAAAAAAUGUUUUGUCAUUGCAAUAAAAAAGGGGGCAGUAAAUAAGCAGCUGCAGGAAGGUCUCCUCCCCUACCCAGCCAUAUCAAAAAAAUAUGAUCUACUUUUAGAAGAGGCCUGCACUCUUCUCCCCACAGCAGAUUUAUAUUUACAAGACACCUUUGAAAUCUUAAGUAGAAAUCAUUCAAUGAACCCACUGUCUCCGCUGUGUAUUUUUUCUUCUAGAGGGCUGUGCAGUAGUUACACUACAAGCACAUUUUAGGUUAAAUGGCUUCUAUUUUGUUUUAUUUCUGUAAGUGAAUAUAGUAAAAGCAACUAGGGAUAUAAAUAUAAUUUUAAAAAUAUUUGCAUAACCUCUAAUUAUAAUUGACAACAUAGUAACUUGAACACAGCUGCUGCUGGGAGCCAUUCCUAGGACCCUUUGAUUGGGGGGGUGAGGUGCUGUGGGACAAGCCUAGCCAGGCAACACAGCUCAAGUAGGCUUUAAGCAGCCUGACAGCCCACUGCCUGUUGCUGUCACCACCAGUGGUAGGGGCUGUGCACCAUGGGAAGUGGGGUAUGGGCCCCCCCACAUCUGGUCACCACACCCCUCCUCCCCCACACAAGCCCUACACUCUCCCCUGCCCUCUACAAACCGCAUACAUACAGCCCAUACCCUCCACACUGUACAGGGAUGUAUAAAUACACUAUUUUGAGCUAUUAUGCAAUUGCCUCUAUUUCAAAAAAUAUUUUUGUCCUGAUUUACAUGGUUUUGUAUAGUGUAUAUAAAAUUAAAAUGUUACAGUAGAUGCUUGA